UGGCUAGAAAUGAGACCUGGAGGGGCUGCAGAAGAAGUGGGGCGAGAGGCAGCCCUGAGGGAGGAGAGUCUGCCCAGUCAAUUAGGGAGGAUAGGCUUUUCCAUGCUAUUAACGUGCCCUGCUGGGAGGAGUGCCUGACAGUUGCUGGAUGUUGGAGGGACACAGGAGAGAGCGGGGGCACAUUGGUUCCUGCAGUUCUGUUACAAAUGAACUUUUUCCCCUGACUCCUCUGAUCUAUCCGGGGGCAGCAGCUGUGAUUAGGGGCAGAGAGAGGUGCCAGCAGGAAUGACUGUGCCAAGCCGGAGGAAGGUGAUGGGCAGGAGGCACGUGUAACGCUUCUCACCAGCCUCUCUCUUCCCCAGGUUUCCAAAGGGAGAGAUGCAGAGGGCAAGGACAUGGCACGCUCUCCUCGCUGUCUCCUUACUGCUGCUCACUGGCACCGUGCAGGGCAUCGGGGAAGUGCGGCCGGGAGACAGGAAAGCGCUGUUAGAUCUCCUGCUGCAGGUUAUCGGGGACUCGAACACUCACAGAGACAGCGCAAAAGUCGUUUCACGGCGCUACAGCGAGAGGGCUGCUGUACGCGCCGCCGAUCUGUUGUCCAGGGAGCGAGAAGCGGCAGUUGCCAAGGCCGGCAGUAGGCGACCAAUAGAAAUUUUUUCUCGGGAUCCCAGCCUAAAAGACAAGUUCAUAAAUCAUUUUACAGGUCCAGUGACAUUUUCAGCUGAAUGCAACAAACAUUUUAUUCGAGUUUACCACAACACAAAGGACUGUUCAACACCACUUUAUUAUAAAAGAUGUGCAAGGCUGCUGACACGGUUAGCAAAGAGCUCAUUGUGUUCGCGACCUUAAAAAGAUACUGGUAUCUCAUUUACUAAAACAGAACUCUGAUCUGCCAAGAAUGUGCCUUGAUACUACUCCGAGAUAGUACAGAUGUUUUAUCCUACGAUGAUCUGAGUUACUGUUUUCAUCUUGAUUGCAUCUUUUGCAUUAUGUUGAACAUUCCAUAGUCAUGUGAAUAUAACAUUUUUAAUUUUUGAAUUUAUUGCCCAAAACUGAUAAAGACAACUAUUUAUUUAAAUACAUUGUAUAUAAUAUUUACUAAUGAUACACCCAAUAUAUGUAAUAAUCACUUGCAUUUUUUUUUUCUGUUUCUCUUUUCCCAUUGUAAUUAGAAUAUGUUGCUCAGGCUUGAACGUUUUUAUUUGCACUAACUUGAAAAGAAAAAAAAAAUCUCUAUGUAAUUGAAUAUUUCUGAGUAGUGAUGGGCGAAUUUAUU